UACUCACAAGAGCCACCGCGUCCGACAGCAAGGCAGGAAGCACCACGCUUCUCAUCGCCUACCUCUCGCUGCCUCCCAGACCUUGUCUUGACAGCUGAGCGUCCAGCUCAUCAAUAUCAAUAUGCGGACCUCCACUUCCGUCGCGGCGCUGGCCUUCGCGCUGCUGCAGGGCGCCAAUGCCUUCAACGCGGCCAAGUCUCGGGACUUCAACCUGCUCGCGGACAUGGGUCUCAACCCGGACGGCUCCUCAAUCGAGACGGCAACCGCGGCCAACAUCGCUAGGAGCCUGCACAUCGGCACUACGGUCAAAGAGUCUACUGUCGACGUCGUGACUAGGCAAGCUGCAGCUGCAUUCCCGGAGAAGAUUGCUGAGGAGUACGUGUCUUUGAAAUUGGAUCACUUCGGUGAGAGCAAGGACACCUUCAACAACAGAUUUUGGGUCGCGGAGUCUGGGUACAAGGCUGGCGGACCCGUGUUCAUCUAUGACGUUGGUGAGGCCGAUGCGAGUGGCAGCUGGCAGUUCAGGUUGCAGAAUGAGACGAGCUUUUUCAAGCAGAUCGUAGAUCAGUUUGGGGGUGUUGGAAUUGUAUGGGAGCACCGCUUCUAUGGCAACUCGACGCCUGCACCGAUCAACCUCGACACACCGCCUGAGACAUUCAAGUACCUCACCACCGAGCAGUCGCUUGCCGAUGUUGUUCAGUUUGCCAAGCAGUUCAAGAGGAAGAACGUCAACGCUACCUUGACUCCUGACAAAACGCCCUGGAUCUUCGUAGGAGGAUCGUAUCCAGCUAUGCGCGCUGCAUUCAUUCGCAACAAGUACCCCGAGACCAUAUACGCCGGAUACGCUUCCUCGGCGCCCGUCGAAGCCAGCGUUGACCAGUCCUUCUACUUUGACCCCGUCUGGCGUGGAAUGAACAAGUACGGCUUCAGCAACUGCACACAAGACAUCAAGGCCGCCAUCAAGUACAUCGAUAACACCCUCGACACUGACCGCUCUGCAGCUGCCAAGCUCAAGGAGCAGUUCCUCGGCAAGGGCGCCGCCUCGAACUCCCACGCCACCUUUGCUGAUGCUCUCAGCACCAUCUUCUACCUUUGGCAAUCAUACGGCGUUGAUGGCGGUGCUGGAUCUCUCCGUAGCUUCUGCGACUGGAUUGAGACCGACCCCACGACCAAUACUACCGCCCCCGCUGAGGGUUGGGCCAAGUCGAAGGGCGCAAAAUUUGUGAUCGACCGUUGGGCAGCAUGGAAGACCUUCGCACCUCUUGUCAACAGCUACCUCGAGACUGAGUGCUCCGGCAGCCAGAACGUUACCGGUUCCUGCGACCUGAACAAGCGUUUCUCGGACCCUGCUUCGAUUAGCUGGACCUGGCAGUACUGCACACAGUGGGGUUUCUUCCAAUCCGCAAACCUGGGCGCCAACCAAGUCGUCUCCAAGUACAACUCGCUCGAGCAUCAGCGCGACAUCUGCCACCGCCAGUUCCCCACCGCCCCCCGCAGCCUGCUGCCCGAGUGGCCCAACACAAAACGCACCAACAAGGUCUUUGGCGGCUGGGACAUCCGGCCCAGCAAUGUGUACUGGUCCGGCGGCGAGUUCGACCCCUGGCGCACGCUCAGCCCGCUCAGCACCGAGUCUUUUGCACCCAAGGUCAACGCUUUCACCAAUGCGCCCAAGUGCGGCGUCGAGACGAGCAAGAGCGAGCUCUUCGGUUACACAAUGGCGAACGCGCAGCAUUGCUAUGAUUUCAGGACGUACUUUGCGCCCGGCAUUGUGAGUAGGAAACACUUCACUGAUGCGCUCGGGCAGUGGCUCAAGUGCUUCAAGCCUAAGGGCGGGUAUGGAGGUGCGUACUCGAAGAGAUGGACUGCCUAGAAGGUGGAGGAUAUUGCGAGGCUGAGGGGGGGUGGGGAUAUUGAUGCGUUUUAUGAGUUUUGAAAGGGGAUAGUUUGGGGUCUAUU